CACGGGUUUCUCCUCAGCUUUAAUACCGCGGAGCCACAACCCUUAGAGAUAAACAAGGUUUCCUGCAGGGAUCACAGAUUUGGGAAACUACCUGCCACAAUGACGGACAGAAGCCCUUUUGAGACCGACAUGCUCACCCUGACCCGCUAUGUGAUGGAAAAGGGGCGUCAGGCCAAAGGUACGGGGGAGCUCACCCAGCUGCUCAACUCCAUGCUGACAGCCAUCAAGGCCAUCUCCUCGGCAGUGCGGAAGGCAGGCUUGGCUAACCUGUAUGGCAUUGCGGGAAGCAUUAACGUGACGGGAGAUGAGGUGAAGAAACUGGAUGUGUUAUCCAAUGCCCUGGUGAUCAAUAUGCUCCAGUCUUCCUACAGCACCUGUGUUCUGGUCUCAGAAGAGAAUAAAGAAGCUAUUAUUACAGCCAAGGACAAGAGGGGCAAAUAUGUGGUCUGCUUUGACCCGCUGGAUGGAUCUUCCAACAUUGACUGUCUGGCCUCCAUUGGAACCAUAUUUGCUAUCUACAGAAAAAUCACAGAUGACGAGCCUUCAGAAAAGGAUGCCUUGCAGCCUGGCCGCAAUAUUGUGGCUGCCGGCUAUGCACUCUAUGGGAGUGCAACCCUGGUGGCUCUUUCCACUGGGCAAGGAGUGGACCUCUUCAUGCUUGACCCAGCUCUUGGUGAAUUUGUCUUGGUGGAAAAAGAUGUCAAGAUAAAGAAGAAAGGAAAAAUUUACAGCCUCAAUGAAGGAUAUGCCAAAUAUUUUGACUCUGCCACCACUGAAUAUGUGCAGAAAAAGAAAUUUCCUGAGGAUGGCAGUGCUCCCUACGGGGCCAGGUAUGUGGGCUCCAUGGUGGCCGACGUGCACCGCACCCUGGUCUAUGGAGGGAUCUUCAUGUACCCUGCCAACCAGAAGAGUCCUAAGGGCAAGCUCCGGCUCCUGUAUGAGUGCAAUCCUGUGGCCUAUAUCAUUGAGCAGGCUGGAGGCUUGGCAACCACAGGCACCCAGCCUGUGUUGGAUGUGAAGCCUGAAGGCAUUCACCAGCGAGCACCUCUCAUCCUGGGGUCCCCAGAUGAUGUGCAGGAAUAUCUCACCUGUGUGCAGAAAAAUCAGGCAGGCAGUUAGUGAGUGUGAUCCUGCAGCCCUCCUCUCUUUGUCUUGUACCUUGUACCAAGGACCCUAAAUAAACGAUAAAUGUAAAUGAUAGUGAUGAGAACACAAAAAGCUAAUCCAUUAAUCACAUACAACAACUACAAACCUGCCAGUGACAGGUUCAGAUGCCAUAGUCAUUAAUGCUGUGGUCAAUAUCAAGGGCUAAAAAUAAAAAUCCUCAUAUGAAAAG